AUGCUUGAUAAUGACGAUGCGAUCUGCAUGGAAACGAUCCAAGCCAAGCUUGAUGAAUAUUCCAGCAUUGCCGAAUUCAAGCAUGAUCUACAGCUGGCUUUCCACACAGUACUGCCCAAAUUGGCGAAUCAUUCACCACAACGUCGGGAGGCUCUUGACAAACUGCAUGAAUUUGCCAUGGCGACCUUACGGUUUGAAAGCCAACGAUUGUUGAAACGGAAAUCUCAUGAACGUGAAGGCCAAGAUCAAAUGGUGAUGGAUACGUUUGAUGAUCAACAGCAACAGGUGGCGCUUUUCCGUCCGACCAUGGAUGGAUUUGUGUUUACGGAUGCUGUGCCAAGUGCUUUUUUAGAUAGAAAAGAAAGGCUUCCCGGCGGUGUUCAAGAAAUGGCUAUAUACCCGACUCCUUCCACAGCAGAAGUACCGUCAUUACGAAACACUGUGCCUCCACCACCACGAUUUCCGUCAAGAAUACAUCGACAUGAAGAUAAACAUACAGUACCUAUUCAAUGGUUAGAUUAUGGUGUAUUCUCCAGUUUUGCUCCUACACGCGAUUCAAACCAUGCCAACAUUUCAUACGAACACACAUAUAUGGGACGAGUAGCAAAACGAUUCAAAAGAUGGGAAAAGAAGCAACGCAACCUGCAAACAUUGGGUAAACCUACGAGUCCACCUAAAUCGGUGGCUAUGAAGAACGGUGUUUCCAAAGACGAUAGCAAUACGACGACUACCGAAAACAAUGACAACAAGGAUGAAAUUGAUACACAAUGGUUAAAGGAACAAGGGCUGGAUGUGGAUGCGAUUUUGGACGCAGCACAGAGCGGAUCGGUCAAUGUGGAUGACCUUAUUGGCAAUGACGAAAAGGAUAUUGAAGGAGUUUUGGAACGAAAUAGCGAACUUCUAAGCUACUUGUCACAAUAUCAAGAAUACCGAUUUGGUCUUGGUGAUGCUCGAUGGGGCAGUAUUGAUGAGACUGAACGGAAUAUUGCUAAAGCAUUGGAAAAGCGGAUGCAUAAAUUGGCUUCCAAGGUUGCACCCAAGGAUUUGACUGAAUCGGAAGCAGUGGAAGCAGCCAUGGAUCGUUUACCGUUGCGCGAACCAGCCUAUCGAGGAUCAUUGCCACCAAACAAGCCAUUUGCGUAUCCUACAAAUGAACAAGUGGAGCCCAUCCCGCCACUUGCGAACUUGCUACCUGGUUACCCAAAGGAACGAUGGAAGCUAGUAGAUGUUGCGCCUGUUCCCAACAAAGAAAAGCAACACUAUCAUCCACAGCAACAGCAACAAAAACGACCACCGCAUCCUCAUCCUUCAGCAUCCUCCUCGUCUUCCUCAUCUUCACCUUCCCCUUACCGUCCUUCCCCAUCCUAA